AUGAAUUAUAAAUCUAAAGAAGAGCAAACGAAACCAUGGAUAAAAACUGAACAGUCUAAUGAGUCUCAGAGUUAUUUUCAACACUCAUUUAUUCAUAUAAACUCUAUAGACGAUUUAAGUAUGUUAUCAAAAAAGCCUUCAGAAACAAACAUUAUUGAUACAAUAAGAUUGACCAAUAAAAGUAUUGAGACACCAUCAAAAAAUCCUUUAUAUUUACCUGCAUUAAUAAAAGAUUCAACACAAGAUAAAAAUGGAUGCCUAGAGGCAGAUAUUAAUUCAAUGGAAUUGACUAAUAAAAUAACAUCAAAUGUUUCAACACAGCUAUCAGAUAAAAAUGAUUAUCAAGAGACAAAUAGAGAUUCAACAAAAUUGACUGAUAGAAUAACAGCAGAAUAUUACGAUUCAUAUAUAAGUCCAAAAACUUCAUCAAAAAUACUAUCAAAUUUAUCAAAAUCAACUAAAGUUAAAGUAUUAGAUAGAGGUUCAAUAGGAUUGAAUUAUAAAACAUAUUACAAUUUGUAUAAAGAGGCUUUAUCAAAAAGGCGAGGAAGCGAAACAGAUGACACAACAAAAAAUAAAAGUAAAUAUAAGUGGACUCACGAACAGGAACAAACACUGCUUCAAGCAGUAAACAAACAUGGUGAACAAUGGCGACUUAUUUCAAAAACAUAUUUUGAUUCAGCGAGAACUAAAGGUGCUCUACGAUUAAGAUAUAAUGGACUGAUCCCUCAGAGACAGGAAGAUCGCGCAACAAAAAGUAAAAGUAAAUAUAACCUGUGGACUCACGAACAGGAACAAACACUGCUUCAAGCAGUAAACAAACAUG